AUGUAUUCAGCGUGGUAUCCGUACAUGGUUGGGGGUGCGUUGCUUAGCGCCGUCUUUGCCCACCCACUGGCAUCGCAAGACAAUCCUCCUUGCGAUCCUGAGCCACCAACCUGUCGUCCAUCCUGGCAGACUGCGGACUAUGCACCUUCGGUUGGCAGCCUACGCGCUGGGCUCAUCUUCGUCGACUUCACCGACUCCCCCGAUGACCACUUUGGCCAAGAGCCAUGGCAGCUGUUCGAGCCGCUCAAGGAACAACCCGCAGAUCUGUAUCGGCAGAUGUCUUUCGGAAAGCUCGAUUUCGAGAUCGUACCUCUCUUGGACAAGUUCUACCGCAUGCCCCGUGACUCCGCGUCCUAUGGCUUCGCUGAUGAGGAGGGCCUCACCACUGCGGAACAUAAAACAUACAUCGACGAUGCUCUCAAAGCCGUUGGUAACGACAUGGACUUUGCUAGCAUUGACAUACUGUUCAUUGCGCCGCCGAACGGUACCGUAGAGAUCAAUCGCUCUGCGGCCUACAGCAAUCCGGUAAUCACCGAAAGUGGCCGAGAAUUUCGCGCGGGCAGUGUCAUCACAUUUGGAAGUGACCUGUACCCGGACGGAAAAUGGAAGAUUGUCAAUCAUGAGACAGGCCACACAAUGGGCCUACCUGAUCUGUAUCCCUACGGCCCCGGCGGCAACGGUCUUUGGGUCGGAGAAUUCGACAUGAUGGGCGUCGUCUGGGGUCAGUCGCCAGAUCUCUUCGCAUGGCACAAGUGGCGCCUCAACUGGAUCGAGGAGAAUCAGGUCGAUUGCAUCAUGGAGACCGGCACGACUACGCACCGUUUGAGUCCAAUCGAAGUCGAUGGCGGCGUGAAGGCUAUUGCUAUUCCAGUGAAUGCGACAGGCUAUGUCAUGGCGGAAGUGCGUUCAGUUCAAGGCAUUGACUACGCUGCAUGCGAUACCGCGACCGGAGUGCUCGUUUAUACGGCAGACACUGUGAUUGGGAGUGGUCAAGGUCCGAUUAGACUUUUCGACACGAACUACGCGACUUUAGGAUGCGGCAAUGAGUGGGAUGGCGCGGCGUUAAAUGAUGCGCCGUUGCGGGAGGUUGAUGCAGUCUUCGAUGCUGAGUUCGGCGUAAAGGUCAAGGUGAUCGCGCGCGAAGGCGAUGAUUUCAUAAUCGAGGUUGAGAGAGAAUCUUUCUAG